AAACAUCAGCUGUUCAUAUGUCGUUGCGUGUGAUGCUCAGCGGUCAGGCUAGCAAGCACUUCCUACACUUAUUUUCUGUUACCAUACGUAGAUGCCUUAUGGAAGUCUGGUAUCUUAUUUCAUAGUGUUGUGAUUAGUGAGUGAAGCAGAAAAGUGUGUUUCUCGCAAAACGGACCCAGAAUACCUCCAGACACAUCCAGACAUCCCCAAACGCCCCUAAACACACUCAAAAACUUUCAAAACAUAUCCAGAAUAACCAAACACACUCAAAAAUAUCCAACAUGGACUGAAAUUCCUUCCCAAUGCAACCCGUACACACAUCGAAAUCUUCCCACGCCAAUGGAUUUAAACACAGGUUUCUCUAGCUUAAGCUUUUCACCUGAAAGUUUUCUAAAAGUAUCGACGUGAGCCUAAAAUCUUGGGACAUCCUUUCUUCAGUUACCAGCCUUCAUCCACUACAGGAAAUAUUGAGAAAAUGAUCUGAAGAGGAGAUACAUGUUUAACCAGGAAAAAUCUUUGAUGAACUUGACAAUCAAUUCCCUAGCUGGGAAAACACAAGUACCUUAGAUCCUUCCAACCUUUAUACAAAUACUGAGAAAUUGAUCAGGUGAGAUGAAUCUUUAACUACGAGAGGCCUUUGCUGGAUUGGGAGAACACAAGGACAGCACCUUAGACAUCAGAUACACAUUACUUGUCAGGUUCCAAGGUCAUUUUAGUGCCUCUGAUACUUUGGGUCACUUCAAUACAUGCAUACAAUAUAGACCUUCCUCAAGAUGGUGUUCCACGCAGAUGACUCGUACACUAUUCUACCUUCACAUUUCAAGCCUCGUAGAAUCCAGCCCGGGAAGCGAACCAUCUUAGUAUCCGUCUUAUUAUCUGUUAUGCUCCUGAUGUCUCAACUCUUUCGAGCUCUGCAGCUGAAUCAUCCACCACAACUGUUAAAUGGUCACUCAAUUGAGUCACUUACAAGUCUAAAUGAAGAGGCAGAGGUGCAGCCUUGUGUCAAGACUAACCUGGGAGCCUCCACCCAUGAGGCAGAUUCUCAACAUUCCUGCCACCACCUGGCUCCCCCUCGGGGAUUGUGCUCCCUCAUGCAGAAUUUAUUUUUCAGCAGUAAACCCCAGACUUGCCAGCACCAAACUAGAGUCACCUUUUGUGCAACAGUAUCUGGACACAUCUCAUGUGAAUCACCAGCCCUGUGUGCUUCACUGUUGCACUAUGUUGGUGUUUUUGAUGAGAUAGAGGCUAGAACAAAAUGGAAGCAAAUCAACCCUAUACAUCUGAAAAAGAAUAUUGAAAAGGAAGUUACAAAAAAGUCUUAUUUUGGCUUUCUGUUUAUAAAAUGUACUAAUGAAUCUAUGGAUGAGAGAGAGCAGCCAAAUUAUUCAGAAGAUUAUGUGCAUGAAAAUGUUGAAUCAUACACUCAGUUGUUCCUGUAUCCCAAAAAGAACACAUUUAGGAUGAAAGUCUCAGACACGGUUGUAUAUCCAAACAUAAACUUAGUAAUGGUUGACUCCCUAUCACGACCUCAUUUUUACAGAUCACUUCCAAAGACCAUUAAAUUCUUUGAGGAUUUGUAUGGCAGAACACAUCGUGAGAUAUUCGACUUCCAGUUUCUCCAGGCAGUGAAGCCAAGGACAUAUGAAAGUCUGGAAGCACUCUUUUCUGGGCAUGUCAAUAGGACUGAGAUUCCUUUUGGAACUUAUGACAUUCCUAAGAGACCACUGCCUGUGUCUGAUCUUUUAAAGCACUAUAAGGAGAAGGGCUUCAGGACACUCUGGCUGGAAGAUCUGUGUUGGAAUUGGGAAUGGGGUUUAGUAAAAGAUUUAAAAGUUAUAAAUGAUUCUGAUAGCUAUCCUUCCUGGGAAGUAUUCAAGAGUGCACUAAGGAAAGCAAACAUUGACUCCAUUGACAUGACAUUAGCUAGUUGUGACAUACUUGAAGUAAAUGGCAAGAAAGAUCCAUUUCACAAUUUGCCUGCCGUGUGUUUCAAUGGUCGGUAUCAUCAUGAAUACUUGUUGGAAUACCUACAGUUAUAUCAAAAGGAUGCCCAAAAUACCAAUCAACCUUUUGUCACCUUUACAGUUACUGAUGUUGCUCACGAUGAAACAGGAACACGGGUGCAAACUCUGGAUGAUUCACUAGUCAAGUACUUGAGCUUUGCCAGAAACCUGAAAAAUACCAUAACCAUUCUCUUUUCUGAUCAUGGAAGUACUUAUGGAAAAUUCAUACAGUCAAGUCCAGAAGCACACGUUGAGACUUUCAACCCAUUCUUGUUCUUAAUAAUGCCAAAAAAUAUCCAAGAUAAUUAUGGUGCUGGUCUAAUGAAAAUACUGAAAAAUAAUGAGAGAAACUUAAUCAGUUUGAUUGAUGUACACAAUAUGCUACUUCAUUUGAUUGGAGUGGAAGGCAAAAUUCUAGACAGAGAUUUUGCUCAGAAGUAUUCAGUUCCAGGUGGACUACUGAGUAGCAUAUCUCCUCACAGAACGUGUGAGGACAUUCCUCUGCUUCAGCCAAACCUCUGCAUUUGUAAGAACUUUGAAACAGCAGUGCAGCCGACUCAGUUUCACAUGGCACUUGCAGAUUUUGGUAUUGGUGUCUUAAACAACAUGAUCUUGCAACAGCAUAAAAAGAAUAGAGCUGUUGGAUUUGGAAACUGUAAGCCACUUAAAGCAUAUGAGGUACGAAAGGUGCUUGAAGUGAGGCUCUCAGUAUAUCUCAUCAGAUAUAAAAUUGAUGUGCUUGUCAAUGGUUUUAAGGAAAUGAGAGAAGAUAAGGAAAUAUUCUUUCUCACUAUAGAGUCUGACUCCAACAGAAAUUCUCUACGACUUGUAUCCUUUGAGCGUAUCAGCUUGUAUGGAAUCUAUUCGAGAUGUCGUGAUCAAAAUGUUGAACUGAAAUUGUGUGUUUGUAACACUAAAACUCAGGGACAAAAUGGCGGAUUUCUUGGCUCUGUGAUAUUUGGAAAUCUUUUAGAAAAUUUCAGUUUCAUUGGAAGUAAGAAAAGUAAUUCACCAAGUCUGAAUGAGUUGCUUUCUCAACCAGUGUUUGGCUUGACUCCUAAAAUUGAUGUUUCUUACCCUGAGACUAACCCUUGUCUCUUUACAUUCAUUCAUAGCUACAAAUCAGGAUUAGUUCUAUAUGCUGUAAAUCACUGUAUAAUACAUCACAACCUUAAACUUAUCAUAGAAGCAGAAAACCUUAAUUUAUCUUGCGAAAACAGUCCUCAGUAUUCAUUGCAACCUUCCGAUAUCAGAAUGUUAGUUGCUGCUACUGUGGCCAAUCCUAAAGUAACAUGGCAUUGGAAUCACAGAGUUAGAAUUCAAGAUUUCUCCUAGUAGAAUUUUUGAUACCAAAUAGUACACUAGUACAAAAAAUAACUUUAUAUAAGUAGUAAUGAGAUAUGUGAUAAGAUGGUAUCCAGUGGCAGGAAAGUAAGUAAUCAAAAGCAUGUCUUGGGGAAAACCAGAAUAAGAUUUUGACUUCUACACACAGGAAAAACUUUGGGCUGAACAUUAAUAGUUUUUCUAAUCAACUCACUAAGGAGAUUGUUAAAAAAAAUAGGUAAAUAAAUAAAAAAUGGUGAAUGAUAUUGGUCAUCAAAAUCAAAAUACUUUCCAUCUCAUACUUUCUUACAAUUUUCUGUGUAUAAUGAAAAAAACAUGAAUUAUUUUUACUGUAUUAUAUAAUACAGUAAAAAUGCUCAUGUGAUUUACUUAAUUCUACAUGAGUUAUAUCAUAUUUUUUUAUAUUGCAAAUAUUGUAUGUUAGCAUGAAAUGGCACAGGACUGGGAAAGGGCAGCUUCAGCAAUAUAGUUACAUUUUUAAAACAGUUAUCUAAAGUUUUAAGCUAUGAGAGAGUAUGGCAAGGGAUCAGAUCCCUGGCAGGACACUUACUGUAUGUGACAUCUUACCAUAAGCCUCAUGGUACAAGUGGAUUCUAAUUGACUAUGAGUGUUGCACCAUUACACAGUAUAUGAUAGAACAAGGAUGCUUUUCCCUUUCUCAAUUUUGCCCCAUAAAAUAUGGACAAAAUUUGGUACAUAAUUCAUGAGAUAUCCUCUUGCCACUGGACACCACGUGUGUGUGUGUUAUAAGACAUAACAGUUCAUUAUAUAUAUAUAUAUAUAUAUAUAUAUAUAUAUAUAUAUAUAUAUAUAUAUAUAUAUAUAUAUAUAUAUAUAUAUAUAUAUAUACAUAUAUGUAUAUACGAGUAUAUAUAGCAUUCUGAGUUUGUAUAAAUGGCGUUACUACUUAUAUAUGACCAAAGAUUUUAAUUUCAUUCAUCGGAACUGUACUGUAGCUAAUGCCAAGUAAAGUUAGAUUACAGUUAAGGAAACAUGAAUGAAGAUGACGUCACAUCAUAAGCUGAAAAUAUACACAUAUGUAGGUAUGUGAGAGAAAUGUAUGGAGAGGUCCAUUUGUCAACAUUUGCAUCUGUGCAGUAACUAAUCACUAUGAUGGCUCCAGUUAUUCAGUCAUUUAAUUCUUGAGAUCACAUCUAAGCUUCACUGGUUGUGGAUUUCAAGGCACGAGUAUUGUGCCAUAAGAGUGAGUGUGUGGCAUAAGUCAGUAGAUGUGCAUGGUUCUAUACUGUUUUUCAUAUGUAAGAUCAGUUUGAGAGUUACAUUUGGGUUUGGGUUUUACACAAUGAGUAUAUCUAAGCUUCAGUUGGUUGUGGAUUUCAGGGCAUGUGUGUGGUGCAAGGCAGAAGGCUGUGUGCCAUGAGCAAAUAUGCCAGGCUGUUCAUUGUUGUUUGCAUGUGAGGUCAGUUUUAUUAAAUGAUAAUUGGGUUUUGUAUGAUGAUAGUAUGUUUGUGUAUCUUUUUCUGUUACAAAUUCUGUGAUGAUUUUUAGUCUGAUAAUUGCAUUCCAGUCCAAUGCUUGGAUGUUCCCACAUCACAUGAAAUAAACACUGAUAAACACUUAAA